GAUUUUUAAGGUGACUUCUCAGGCAGAGCAUUAUUCCCAAUCCAACCUGCACCUACAACUCCUCGAGUCAUUAACCCAGGCAUUUAUUAAAUAGUCUGACUGCAAACCUGAUCCAGCCAUGUCAAGGUUCAGGAUGUUGAAUUUCUUGAAUUCUCUUAGAUUUGGAAUAACAUCCUGAACCCUUUCCUUUUAGGAGGCGACAGGUGUUUUACUAUAAUUGAUUACACACUGACAGAUUUUUUUUUUCCUGCUGCUCCUUACUUAGCCAGCCAGUCUGGUUUCUGUUUUUGGAUGGCACAUGGAUCAGUUUUACUGUGAGCCUUAGCCUUUUUAAUCAAAGGGGGCUUCUGUAAACAAAAGGCUAACUCAACCAUAUUAUAUACUAAAAUAGGGUAUUUUAUCUUGGAGCCAUCAGUAAAGGUAAAACCACUUCUAAGCUGAAAGAGUAAAAAGUCUGUUAAGGAGUUGUACACCCAAACAGUGUCUGAAUAUAGUAUAACUGUAUAAUCUUCCAGCUAUGCAUGUCUCUUUGGGACAUGGCUCAUGUAAUACUGGAAUCACAAAGGGUUCUUUCCCCAAAUCAUUUACCACUGUUUGACAAAUCAGCUUGUUAGUCAAAUCUAAAAUUAACCUGUGCUUCAUCAGAAAAUCUGCUUCCAACAGGCUUUGUGGUUUUGGUAAUUUUGCCAGAGCAAACACACGAGUCCUGCAUAAAACUCCUAUGUGGGCUAUCAGUGGGUGUGAUAGGCUGUUUCAUAAAAGUUUCAAGAAACAUGACUCCUCUUCCUGCCAACGGUGACAUGGCUUGGUGAGGGUCAUAUAAUACAGAUAUACUUGCAUCUAUAUCAACAAUGAACAUUACCUUGUGACCCCUUAUGAGAGCUGAUACAGUUAGUUUCCCUGCUCUGUCUGUAUAUUAGGAGGACAUUAUACGACAUGAUGGAGUCUGGUGGCGUGGUUAUGAAUGUGUAUACUCUCCCUCUCCCCCUCACCUUACUUAGUUUCUGGAGCUAAAUUAUUUUCAUAGCUGUUCCUUAUGGUCUUAGCCUAUGAUCUCAUUUGACCUCCUGCAAAACAUAAGACAAAUAAUCUUGCCCAAUAACGUCUACAUCAAGCCCCUAAUUUCUACUUGAGCUGUAGCAUGUCUUUCAGGAAGAUAUCCUGUCUUGAUUUAAAUAUGUCAAGUUAACCUGUGUGUGUGUGUGAUUGUCUAGUUCUUCAUCAUCUGGGGCGGGGAGGGGUGGCUUUCUCAGAUUGUAUGCUUUGACAGUCAGAUUCUUUAUCUGGGCUUUUCCCCUCUUCUCGCUUUUGAUUGGCAUUAACUCUGACACCUGUAUAAUGCCGCCUUUUUGCUAAAUUGUAUUUCAGAAGUCAUAUUUAAAAAUGAAGAAUGUGGUGGUACAGAUGGCAUUCUUUGAGGUCUAUACAUGAACACCUGGUCCAGUUUUACCCAGAGGUCUUUAAAUGAAAAAGUAUCUUGCUCUAUAGUACUGAAGAUAUUUCCUUGCUGACUUACUUAGAAUGACCCUGGAAAUUUGCCUUUGGAAAUUUGUUAUGCUCUUGUUUGCAUGAUGCAUUUGACACUUUUGUAAGAUUUAUGUUUUUCUUUUCAGGUAAACCUAAAUUUCAAGGAUGGUGACCAACCCCUUGGCAUAUGUCAGGAAAAAUACAUAGAAGAGAGCUAAAUAAAGACUAAGCAAAACAUGAUCUCUCCAUUGUGGUUCAUUUGCUGUAUAAUUCCUUAUGUUUCUUCAUUCAAUGCUGAAGAAAGGAAGCUGUCUAGUCAUUUUGUACUUGUAGGAGAGCCUAUUGCUAUCAGUUGUCAAAUAGCUAAAAUUCCAACACUUCACUCUGACUACAAUCUGACUUGGUCUAGAAAUGGUAGUGAUACACCAAUAACUACAGAGACACAUUCCAGAAUCCAUCAGCAAGAUAACGUGCUUUGGUUUAUUCCUGCAACUUUAGAAGAUUCAGGACUUUAUGAAUGUAACAUAAGGAAUUCUGACAGCUCUGACAAAGAAUAUAUACAGCUACAUGUUUUCAAGAACAAUGAUGGCUUAUGUUUUAAUGGAGAAACUAUGUAUAAACAAAAAGUGUUUAUGUCAAUUGGUGGAAAGAUUACAUGUCCUAAUCUGGAAUAUUUUAAUGAUGAAAAUGAUACCGUACCUGAAAUACAGUGGCAUAAGGAAUGUAAGCCUGGAUUACUGCAGGACAACAGAUUUCUCUCUUCAAAGGGUGACAUCUAUCUUAUAAUUAAUAACGUAACUGUGCAUGACAAAGGAAACUACACAUGCCAGACAACAUAUACUUAUAUGGGAAUACAACAUAAUGUUUCACGAACCAUUUAUGUAGACGUUGAAGAGGGCCCAAAGAAGACACCACCAGUGUUUGUUUAUCCAAAAAACCAUUCGAUUGAAGUAGAACUUGGAUCUCAUGUCAUCAUGGACUGUAAUAUAUCCAGUAGCAUAAGUGCUUUGAAUCCGUACUGGCAAGUCAACGGUGAGGAUGUUAAUGUCUUUGAUAAUACCUACGAAGAACAAAUCUAUGAAAAACCUUCCCAGGGAGGUGGUUUUAUAAUUGGAACAAGAUUCAACAUUUCAAAAGUGAAAAGUAAGGAUUAUUCUCACAAGUUUUUCUGUCGUGUUUUCCAUCCCUAUGGCGAAGCUGUAGCAUACAUUUUACUAAAACGCCCAGCUCCAAACAUUCAGGGUUACUUGAUUGGAGGACUUGUUUCACUGGUAUUUGUAAUAGUUGCUGCAGUGUUUGUCUACAAGCUACUCAAGAUUGACAUUGUGCUUUGGUAUCGGAACUCCUGCCAUCCUUUUCUGAGUAAAAAAGUUUCAGAUGGGAAGAUCUAUGAUGCAUAUGUGCUGUAUCCAAAAAACAGAGUAAGCUGCCUCUAUUCACCAGAUAUCUUUGCGCUAAAGAUAUUACCUGAGGUCUUAGAGAGACAGUGUGGAUACAAUCUCUUUAUAUUUGGAAGGGAUGAUUUACCAGGACAAGCUGUUGUCAAUGUCGCUGAUGAAAAAAUCAACCAAAGCAGAAGAGUGAUAAUUGUGUUAGUACCAGAAUCAUCCUGUUAUAGUGUGUUAGAAGAUACCUCUGAACAGCAACUGGCUGUGUACGAUGCUCUUAUCCGUGAUGGAAUUAAAGUUAUUCUAAUUGAACUGGAUAAAAUAAAGGAUUACACAAACAUGCCAGAAUCUAUCAAAUAUAUUAAGCAAAAGCAUGGGGCCAUCAAAUGGAAAGGGGACUUCACAGAGAGAUCUCAUUCAGCAAGUACAAAAUUCUGGAAAAAUGUACGAUACCAAAUGCCACCCAGACAAACUGUGUCUCCCUCAGAACUACUGUUACUACCAACAGCCUUUAAUUCUCCACAUACAAUAACGUUAGAAAGAUGACACCCAAGUUCAGUUUUAACAGCUGUGAGCAGCUCACUUCAAUUGCUUUUUAAAUGGUUGGUCAUAGGAUACCCAUAUGUGUUAUACACUGUCCAUCUCAUUUGGAGACUUACAGGAUUAAAGCCUCCACAACAUCAUCAUCGACAGAUUUGAAAAGCUGAUUGACCAUCCAUUCCCCUGAGCAGAUCAACAGAACACUCUGAAGCAUUGUUUCAAUAUUGCAGUGGCCUGUAACAAGAACUGCAGGACUUCUUCAAGAAAUACAUUUUUUGUAAGGAAAACGAAAAACAUUAUUUGCACUUUUUUAAAGACAUUUUUUUUCCAAAUAGAAAAAGGAUGAAAAUGAAGGAAAUAGUGUUGUUAUAUCCUGACUUUUAUAUGAUGGGUUUAGGUCUGGAAAACUAGUUUUGAAUGAAACAAUUAAAACUCUAGUUCAUACAUGUGUUGCAAUCUAUUAAUUAUGGACUUGUUCAAUCCACUACAAGAAGAAUCCUUAUAUUACAUCAUGUGGUAUUGUCCAAGGGGAGAGGUGAGAGGGAGACAUAAGACAAGAAGGGGACCUUGUACUGGCCGGUCAAAGAAUUUAACCUUUUUUCAGCAUUACUUUCUAGAGCAACUCUUGCAGUAGCUGAUUCUGUAAGGCUAGAAACAUUUUUAUUAUAAACCAAUGUUUUCAAUCUUAUCUUCAAAAAAAUCCUCUUGGGACUGAAGCGUAUAAUGUUUGGUCUUUGCAUUUUUUAAUGUUUAAGGAAAAUCUACUCAGAUUGAGUUAACUGAUAAGUGUAUAUGUACAUUAUCCCACUCCGAACAAAAAUCAGAUUUUUUGCACACAGUCAAUUCAAUUGGCCAAAUAUUAAAGUGUCAUUUGUAGCUGGCUGUUUUUAAUUCAUCAUGUACACAACGUAAUUGCUGAACUAUUGUGCUACACUUGAGUUUCUGUAUGUAGAUAGUAGUGUAGUUUGAAAUCUGGAGCUGUACAAAUGUCCUAGUACACAUUCCAAAGUGGAGCAGCUAGGAUUUUCUCUCUCCUUUGUUUUUGAGGGGAACUUUCCUGCCCUCCAAAAACCUGUUAACAUAGCAUUAAGGUUGUAAAUUUAAAGAAUAAGGAGAUACAGAAGUUAAUUUUCCCAUGGCAAUAUUAAAUUGCCCACAUCUUACAUAUUGUAUAUUUAGAUAUACAUUUCAAGUCAUUAGAUUUAAUGUUGUGUGCAAUUUUGGAGUCUUGUUGCUUGAGUGCUAAAAAUGGACUGUGUACACAGUGUCAUGUUUUUUGAAAACCCUUGAUUUCUGAAUUUUCUUGAAUUGAUGCUCAAAUAUUUCCAUGAAAAUCUAUAAAUUACUCAGGCUUGAGUUAAAUAUUUUCAUAUACUGAUUACAGUAUGAUCAUUCUGACAUUCCUUGCUUUAAAACUGUCCAUUAAUUAUAUUUUGUCGAGGACCAGGACACCAGUUCUGUAGAAGAUGCCAAGCUUUAUUGCUGACCUACUUUAGAAAAAAUGGGUAAACUUGCACCUCUUGAAGGGUUAAUUUCUGUACAAAGCAUUAAUCCUUUGUUUUGACUAAUAUGAUGAUGAUGAUGAUGAAUUAAGUAAUUGCAAGUGGUGAUAUGGGCAACACUUGUUUUUCUGGGUUCUAUUUCCAGUUCUGCCACUGGCCUACUAUGUGAAUGUGGGCAAGUCACUUUGCCUCUCCAUGCCUCAGUUUCCCAAAGAGUCAAAUGGCAAUAAUACUUGCCUCUCUUGUAAAGUGCUUUGAGAUCUACUGAGGAAAAGUGUGGGGUAAGCUAGAUAUUUUAAAUUUGAAUAUGUAUUGUAUCGUAAAAGAUACAUCAGAAACUCCAGUGGUAUAUUUUGUCCCUAUUAAAGUUUAUAUUGAAUUUAUUUUUCUUUGUACUGUGCACUAGAUUUUAAUGUAUAACUUCCAGUUUUGGAAAGCUUUCAAAAUUUGGUAAAAAUACAUGACAACACAGAAGAUUGAACUUGUUGGCAGAAGUCAAGGGUAGCAUUUGCUUCUCCCAAUAGUGAACUGAGUGGAUGGAGUAUAAAUAUAAUCAUGCAGAUGACAUGGGAACCUUCAUGAUUGCAUUUCCUAUUUUUGUGUUUAAACUGACAACCUAAGCAAUACAUUUAUAUAAUCUUGCA